GUGACAGGACCACUAGCAGACAGCGAGUCAGUGGGCGUGAGAGAGCGCGGGAGAAAGGAGAAGCUGAGAGAAACAGAGAUAGAGUGGGGAGAGCAAAGGUGUGAAAGAAAAAGAGGGGGGAGAGAGGGGUGAGAGAGAAAGGGCAGAGGGGAAGACGGGGAGAGGUGAGAGAAAGGGAGAGGGACAGAGCGACAGAAAGGGGCAAGAAAGAGGAGGCUAGAGGGGGUGAGGAAGGAGAAGGAAGGGGAGACGCGCGCUAACUGACAAAUAUACAGAGUGGGAGAGAAAGUGUUUGUGACAGAACGGAGGGAGGAAGCGAGUAGGAGAGGCAGCGAGCGACAGCCGGCACCGGCACAGGGACAUUGAGACAAGCCGACCUGUUCUCACAGACGGAUUGUUGGCGGAAGAACGUUUCUGUUGAACACAAGGCUGCGUGGAGACGGCGGGACUAUGCCGAUGUGUGGGAGCUGGGACUGGCCCUGGAUCUGCAUUCUGCUGUCACCCCUCUUCCAAGUGUGUCCGAGACAAGCCCAGAGCCAUACAGCUCCUGAGACAAAAAAGUACUUCAGCAACAUUGUGACAAAGUUCUCUCUCCAAAGUGCCUUGGAUCCAGAGGGUGAUUCCUGUUACCUUAUCCCUGGCCAGCUGGAAAGCAUCUCGGAAUGCAACUUCAAUCAAACGGCAAGAACAUUCCUAAUCAUCCACGGGUGGACGGUUACUGGCAUGUUUGAAAGUUGGAUUCCAAAGCUGGUUUUGGCUUUGUACGAGAGAGAGGGAGACUCCAAUGUCAUUGUGGUAGACUGGCUGACACGGGCUCACCAGCACUACCCGAUUGCUGCUGACAACACUAAGCUGGUUGGCCGUGACAUUGCCCACUUCAUCGAAUGGCUGCAGGAGGAACUGAACUUCCCAGCCGAGUCCAUCCACAUGUUGGGAUAUAGUCUGGGUGCUCAUGUCGCAGGGUUUGCUGGAACUUAUGGAGCGCACAGGGUGGGCAGGAUCACAGGACUGGACCCCGCGGGGCCCGAUUUCGAGGGGGCUGAGGCGCAGUUCCGCCUGUCCCCGGAUGACGCUGCCUUCGUCGACGCUCUGCACACCUUCACCCGGGGCUCACUGGGCCGCAGCAUCGGCAUCCAGCAGCCAGUGGCACAUGUGGACAUCUAUCCCAAUGGAGGCAACUUCCAGCCCGGCUGCAGCCUCGGCACAGUCUUUGGCAACAUGAGGUCACAGGGUGUGUACGCAGUGGCUGACGUCAUCAAGUGCCAACACGAGCGGGCCAUCCACCUCUUCAUCGACUCCCUCCUCAACAAAAACUACCCCAGCCUGGCCUACCGCUGUUCCAACCAGGAGACCUUCGAGCGGGGCAUGUGCCUUAGCUGCCGGAAGAAUCGCUGCAACACCCUGGGCUACGACGUCCGCAAGGUCCGCAGCAAGAGAAGUGGUCGCAUGUACCUGAAGACGGCAGCAGACAUGCCCUUUCGAGUUUACCACUAUCAGCUGAAGAUACAUUUUUUCAGGAAAGUGAAUCAAUCGGAGACAGCUGUAAAUUUCCGCAUCAUGCUCUACGGAACCCUGAAUGAGACCGGAGGACUUGCCAUUUCUGUACCGGAAAUUUCACCCAACAGUACGUCUUCAUUCCUGGUGCACACUGAAGCGGAUAUCGGAGAGCUGCUGAUGGUGAAAUUGAAGUGGGACACCACCUCGUCUAUCUGGUCCACCAUUAUGGGCAAGGUCACCAAUCCAUGGUCCCUCUGGAGACUGUGGAGCAGCCGUGAGGAGACCACCAAUGCCCUGGAAAUCAGGAGGAUGCGAGUGAAGGCGGGAGAGACCCAGAAAAAGAUCAUGUUCUGUGCAAAAGACUCUGCCUCAGCAAAGCUACAGCCAGCUCAAGAGGUGACAUUCGUGAAGUGUCAGAACGAACAGACAAGGAAGAAGAGUGAUCAGUAGUGUGUCACCAGUGGAGGAUGGGUAAAGCAUUUGAACUUACACAUCGGACUUCCUUGAUUCCCACCCAGCCUCCCGGCUGUGGAUUUCCGGAACUGUAUCAUCACUUACAAACAUUGUGGAUCUCCGCAGGGAACAAGGUUUCCGAGCCUCGUCCUCUGGUGAGGUGUGGUCGCCACUCAGCUGGUCGUCCUCUCAUCCCUCUGAUCUCUGAGGCUUUGGGCCCAGCACACUCCAGGGCUUGUCCUAGGCCUGCAGUCCAAGCUGCGUCUGUGGGUGCACUGCCCUCCUGGCUGUCCCAGCAUCUGAAAGAGAUGUUACACCAAGCUCCCUUCUACUCUGAAUCCCAUGUUACUAAUGGCAAAGAAAGCCAAAGGAAUUCUCUUAAAUAUUUGGCUAAUAUUUAUCUCACAGCUAAAAUCAGUGAAAUAAACAUGUUAUCUGGUCAAGAUCUGUUUAUUGAAUCUUGCCAUGCAGAGAUACUAUUUUCAUUAAUAGAAAAGGGUCUAAUUUCAAAGGCACAAAAGCACUGAAAUACUCUGCGAUGUUGAGAGUACAGUGUGGCUCCUUGUGUUUCUGGCAGAGCUGAUGGGGUAUUCAGAGGCUGAUGGUAUAACCCUGGCCCAGAGGGCGGAGCCGAAUUCUUUGCUUAACUUCCAUGGGAUGCAGUUCAUUUGGGCAAAUGGUCAAAGCCCAUUCUAUAAUUCUAUCUCACAUUCUGGAUUAAAGUUUAAAGGUCAAAUGUAUGUAUCAAAGUGUGUAUGCAGGAACCAACUCGCAGGGUUUUUCUUCUCCAGAUAGACAUGAAACAAAGAAAAACAAUGGAAAAACAAGUUCAGAGAGAAACAGCAAACCCACCAACAUGACCAUCAAAUCCCCCAAACCCCCUCCCCCCACAUGAAACAAAACAAUAACACCGACCCCCAAAUCCCUUCCGCUCUAGAAACACUGAGAAAGAAUGGCAGAAACAUAAAAUAUUAAAAUAAAAGAUGUCCCUGGUCCAAAAGUACACAUAGAAACUUUGGUAAUAUUCACCACCGUUAGUGAGGGAGACUUUGGGAACAACGAUAGGCCAUACAUGCUUUCCUCUUCAACAGCAGAGUGAUUCCACCUGUGAUCAGAAGGCAUGUAGUGCUCACCCUCCGCUUUCGCUUCGAUGCUUCAAUCAGCAAAUAAUGGAAGUUUUAGUCUGCAAAAUGGAGUCAAACAUCAGGUUAUAGUUUCUUUGCCUCAAGGUCGGGCUCACAACCAGAACCUUCUUGGAGACAGCAAAGCGCUGGAUUGCUCAAUCAGGAAAUUGCAGACUCUGGAAGUUCCAGAAACACAUUCAAGAUGAAAAACAAGAAAAAGAAGUGAAAUGAAUGGUUUUGUGGUUUAUCCAGAAGAUGUUGACCAAAGGAGUGUUGUACACAGGUGCCAUCUUGACUGGAUGGUGUUAUCAAGAUGCUGUUUUAAUGUGUUUGAUUUUCCAUUUUUUGGUGCACUCUUCUAACUUUGCCUUUUAUUGCAUAGCAAGCCUGAUAGCCCUCCUCUGAGCACAUUGCCGUUCUCUCUGCUACACUCUGUCCUCAUGCAAGGUCUCAACACAAAGCCUCCCCCCACAGAUGCUGCCUGACCAGCAGAUUGUCUGUUGCUCAGAGCCUCACCUCUCUGCUGAGCUCCCAGCCCACUGGCAUAUUUAAUUUGGAUGUGGUGAGGGCAUUGCCAUUGGAAACAUACAGACAAACAAAUCUUAUAAGGGGCAGGAAAGAACUAAAGAUAUUUUUCAUAUGGUUUCAUCUAAAGAAUUUCUAAUUUAUUGAAGGUUUAGAAAUAUUUCACCUGUGGUUACAGUUGUAUCUUUAGUUGUUCAACAAAAAGUGAUGUGACCCAUUAUCACCACAGAAAGAAUAGUGUGCUCCACUCUCAUGAUGAGGGAGAGGUGUGCUUCUGUUUCGGGGAUGGAGGGAUGUGAUUCUGUCCCAAGGAGGGAGGGACAUGAUCCUGUCUUACACCAUAAGACAUAGGUGUAAAAUUAGGCCUUUUGGCCCACGGAGUCUGCUCUGCCAUUUGAUCACGGCUGAUCCAUUUCCCUCUCAACUCCAUUGUCUGGCCUUCUCCUCAUAAUCUUUCAUGCCCUAACUUACCAAGAAUCUAUCAACCUCCACCUUAAAUACACCCAGUGACCUGGCCACCAUAACUGCCUGUGGCAACAAGUUACGCAGUUUCACUACUGUCUGGCUAAAGAAAUUAUUCCUUAUCCCAGUUCUAAAUAGCCAUCCCUCUAUUCUUAAGUUGUGCCCUCUGGUUUUAGACUCCCCACAAUAGGAAGCACCUUCUUCACAUCCAAUAUAUCUAGGGUUUUCAAUUCCCCUCAUUGUAUCAAAUUCCAGGGAGUACAGGCCUAGAGCCAUCAAGCACUACUCAUUAUUAUAAGCCUUCCAUUCCCAGAAUCAUUUUUGUGAGCCUCCUUUGAAUGCUCUCCAAUGAUAGCACAUCCUUUCUUAGAUAAGGGACCCAAAACUGCUCACAAUACUGUUGUGAGCCCACAACAGUACCUUAUAAAGACUCAUCAUUACAUCCUUGCAUUUAUAUUCUAGUCCUCUCAAAAUGAAUGCUAACAUUGCAUUGUCUUCCUCACCACCAACUCAACUUGCACGUUAACCUUUAGGGAAUCCUGCACAAGGACUCAAGUCUCUUUGCACCAGGAAUUUUUGAAUUUUCUUCCCAUUUAGAAGGUAGUCUAUGCUUUUAUUCCUUCUACCAAAGUGCAGGACUAUACACUUCUCAACUCUGUAUUCCACCUGCCACUUUUUUGCUCAUUCUCUUAAUCUGUCUAAGUCCUGCAGCCUCCCUAUUUUGUCUACACAAUCUGCCCCUCCAUCUAUCUUCAUAUUUUCUACAAACUUGGCCACUUGGAUGACAAUUCUAUCAUCCAAAUUAUUUACAUACAAUGGAAAAAGAAGUGUCUCAAACACAGCCCUUUGCAAAACACCACUAAUAACCAGCAGUCAACCAGAAAAAGCUCCAUUUAUUCCCACUCUUUGCUUCCUGCCAUUCAGCCAUUCUGUUCAUGCUAGAAUCUUUCUUGUAAUACCAGGAACUCUUAUCUUACCAAGCAGCCUCAUGUGCAGACCUUGCCAAAGGCCUUCUGAAAAUUCAAGUACUCACUAUUCUCUGAUUCUGCUUUGUCUAUCCUCCUUGUUAUUUCCUCAAAGAAUUCCAACAGAUUUGUCAGGAACAUUUUUCCUGUAAAGAAACCAUGUCGACUUGGACUUAUUUUACCAUGUGUCUCCAAGUACCCCAAAACCUCAUCCUUAACAAUCGACUCCAACAUCUUCCCAACCACUGAAAUCAAGCCAACUUGCCUAUAAUUUCCUUUCUUUAGCCUCUCUUUCUUCUUGAAGAGUGAGGUGACAUUUGCAUUUAUCCAUUCCUCCAGAACCAUGUCAGAAUAUAGUGAUUCUUAAAAGGUCAUUGCUAAUCCCUCCACAAUCUCUAUCGCUUCCUCUUUCAGAACCCUGGGGUGUAGUCCAUCUGGUCUAGGUGACUUAUCUACCUUCAGACCCUUGAGCUUCCUAAGCACCUUCUCCUUACUGCUGUCCCCAACACUCUUUAACUUCCAGCAUACUGAUAGUGUCUUCCCCAGUGAAGACUGAUAUGAAACACUUAUUCAGUUCAUCAGCCAUUUCCUUGUCCCCCAUUACUACCUCUCCGGUAUAAAUUUUCAGAUGUCCAAUAUUUACUGUCCUCUGUUUUACUCUUUAUAUAUCUGAAAAGAACUUAUGAUAUCCUUGUUGAUAUCACUGGUUAGAUUGCCUUCAUAUUUCACUCCUUGUGGCUUUUUAGUGGCCUUCUGUUGGUUUUUAAAAGCUGUUCAAUCCUCUAACUGCCCACUAAUUUUUGCUCUAUUAUAUGCCCUAUUAUAAGCUUUUAUGUUAGCUUUGACUUCCCUUCUCAGGCACAGUUAUGUCAUCAUGCCUUUAAAAUACUUAUUUAUCUUUGGGAUGUAUCUAUCUUGCGCCUUCUGAAUUGCCCCCAGAAACUCCAGCCAUUACUGCUCUGCUGUCAUCCCCGCUAGUAUCUCCUUCUAAUCAACUUUGGCCAGCUCCUCUCUCAUGCCUCUGUAAUUCCCUUUACUCCACUAUCAUACUGAUACAUUUGACAAUAGACAGUAGGUGCAACAGUAGGCCAUUCAGCCCUUCUUGCCAGCUCCGCCAUUCACUGUGAUCAUGGCUGAUCAUGCACAAUCAGUACCCCGUUCUUGCCCUCUCCCCAUAUCCCUUGACCCCGCUAUCUAUAAGAGCUCUAUCUAACUCUCUCUUGAAUGCAUCCAGAGACUUGGCCUCCACUGCCUUCUGGGGCAGAGCAUUCCACAUAUCUACCACUCUCUGGGUGAAAAAAUUUUUCGGCAUCUCUGUUUUAAAUGGCCUACCCCUUAUUCUUAAACUGUGACCUCUAGUUCUGGACUCCUCCAUCAGCGGGAACAUGCUUCCUGCCUCCAGCAUGUCCAAUCCCUUAAUAAUCUUAUAUGUUUCAAUCAGAUCCCCUCUCAUCCUUCUAAAUUACAGUGUAUACCCAGUCGCUCCAAUCUUUAUCUUCUCCCUCUAAAACUGCAUGGUGAAUUCUAUCAUAUUAUGAUUACUGACUCCUAAGGAUUUCUUUACCUUAAGCUCCCUAAUCAAAUUCAGUUUGUUACACAAUACCAAUCCAUGAGUGGGCUCAACCUCAAGAUGCUUUAAAAAGCCAUCUCUCAUAGGUAUCCUACAAAUUCUCUUUCUUGGAAUCCAAAGUCAGCACCAACCUGAUUUUUUUUACCAACAGAGACAAGCCUCUGCCUACCUACAAAGGGUACAAAGUGUAUCAAAUGAUACAAAGUGUAUCAUUGAUUUUAGGUUCCCAACUAUAAUCUUCAUUCAGCCAACACACAGUUAUUCCACAACAUCAUACAUGCCAAUUUCUAACUGGCUGCAAGAUCAUCUGCCUUAUUCCAUACACCGUGAAUUCAAAUAGAACACCUUCAAAUCCUGUAUUCAGCAACAUUUUUCAUUUUGUCCCUCUUACACUGCAACUCAUCCCACUAACUGCAUUUUGCCCUAACAUCUGCCUGUCCUUCCUGACCGUCUCACUACAUACUGCCUCUACCCCGUCUGCCCCUAUCACUCCAGUUCACAUCCCCCUGUCAAAUUAGUUUAAACUCUCCUCAAAAGCCUCUAGCAAACCUGCCCAAAAUGAUAUUGGUCCCCCUCAGAUUCAAGUCUAACCCAUCCCUUGUGUACAGAUCAUACCUUCCUUAGAACAGAUUGCAAUGAUCCAGAAAUCUGCAACCCUGCCCCCUGCGUCAGUUCCUCAGCCAAUAUUCAUCUGCCAAAUCAUCCUGUUCUUUCUCUCACUGGUGUGUGGUACAGACAGAGAUUACUACCUGGGGGUCCUGCUUUUCUGUUUUGUACAUAGCUCCCUAAGUUCUCUCUUCAGGACCUCCUCCCUUUUCCUACCUAUGCCGUUGAUGCCAAUAUAUACCACGACUCCUGAAUUUCCCUUUAGAAUCUGUGGACCUGAACCGAAACACCUCGUCCCUGGCACCUGUGAGGUAACAUACCACCCAGGUGCCUUUUUUGCAUCCAGAGAAUCUCAUCUACUCCUCUAACUAUGGAAUUCCCUAUCACCAUUGCAUUCCUCUUCUCCCUCUCUCCCCUUCCCUUCUGAGCCACAGCGCCAGACUCAAUUGUUGUGGCUCCCUCCUGGUACGUCAUCCCCUGUCCCCCAACAGUAUCCAAAGCGGUAUAUUUAUCAUUGUGGGAUACUCUGCACUGGCUGCCCUUUUCUUUUCCCUAUCCUGACCCAGGUACCCACCUCCUGCAACAUAGGGAUGACUACCCUAUGCUAUGAGCCGAAGAUCAUCGAGCUGCAACUCCAGUUCCUUAACACAUUCUCUGAGGAGCUGCAUCUGGUGCAGAUGUGUAUGGCAACAUGAUGUGGUACAGUGUGGAUCUAGGUCACUGUGGCCUCAUUUGUGCAGUAGAAACUCCAUAGGCCAAGAUAGAGUGGAUGUGGGGAGGAUGUUUUCUAUGGUGGGAAGUCUAGGACCAGAGGCCACAGCCUCAGAAUAGAGGGACGUCAAUUUAGAACAGAGAUGAAGAGAAAUUUGUUUAGCCAGAGGGUGGUGAACCUGUGGAAUUUGUUGAGUUCAGGUCAUUGAGUGUAUUUAAAGUGGAGGCUAAUAGGUUCUUUAUUAGUUGUGGCAUGUAAAGUUAUGGGGAGAAGGCAGGAGAAUAGGAUUGAUGGGGAAUUGGAUCAGCCAUGAUGAAAUGGUAAAGCAGACUUAAUGGGCAGAAAUGCCAAAUUCCGCUCCUGUGUUGCAUAGUCUUGUGAUUUGCAUGAUGUGGCUGAGAAAUUGAUGCAGGGGAGAUGAUUUCAGAUUUCCGGAUCAUUGGAAUCUCUUCUGGGCUAGGUAUGACCUGUACAUAAAUGAUGCAUUACACCUGAACUUGAGGGGACAAAUAUCCUUGCAGGCAGAUUUGCUAGAGCUGUUGAGGAGGUUUAAACUAAUUUGGCAAGGGGUUGGGAACCAGAGUGAUAGGACAGAGGAUGGGGUGAUUAGUGUGUAGAGAGUCUGUGAGGAAGAAUAGGCAGGUGAUAUUGCAGUCAGUGGGAUGGAUUUAAAUGUGUUUAUUUUAAUGCAAGAGGUAUUAGGAACAAAUGUGAUGAACUUGCUGCAUGGAUCAGUACAUGGAACUAUAACGUUGUGUAACUUACAGAGACACAAGGGCAGGAAUGGCUGCUGGAUAUUCCAGUGUUUAGAUGUUUCAGAAGGAGCAGGGAGGGAGGUAAAAGAGCUGGGAGAAGUGGCAUUGCUACUCAUUGUUGCAGAAAUGGAGAACAUUGUUGAAGGAUUGUCUACUGAGUCAGUAUGGGUGGAGGUCAGAAACAGAGCAUUCAUUCUAUCAGAAGUAUCCUAUAGACCCCCCCCCCCUCCCCUUCAAUAGUAACCUGACCAAGAUUGGGAGUCAGAUUUUGAAAAAGUGCAAAAAUAACAGGGUUGUUGUCAAGGGGGACUUCAACUUUCCUAAUAUUGAUAGACACCUCCCUAGUGAAAAAAAUUUGGAUGGGGUUCAGUUUGUUAGGUGUGUUCAGAAAGGAUUCUUGACUCAAUAUGUCGACAGGGCAACUAGAUGAGAGGCCAUAUUGGAUUUGGUGCUGGGCACUGAACCAGGUCAUGUGCCAGAUCUCUCAGUGGGAGAGCAUUGUGGAGACAGUGACCACAACUCCCUGAGCUUUCUGAACUUGGUCCAUUUCUGGCACCUCACUCCUCUUUCCUGAUCUCUCUGUCUUCAUAUCUGGGGGCAAACUGUCUAGAGUUGUCUAUUAUAAACCUAAUGAAACUCACAGCUAUCUUAACCAAAACUGUUUCCAACCUGUCACCUGUAAGAAUGCCAUUCCCAUUUCAUAGUACCUUCGUCUCCACUGCAUCUGUUCCCAGAAUGAGGCUUUCCUUUGCAGAACAUCAGAGAUAUCCUCCUUCAAAGUUCAAAGUAAAUUUUAUUAUCCAAGUACAUAUAUGUCACAGUAUACAACCUUGGGAUUCGUUUUCCUGUAGGCACACUCAGCAAAUCUAUGGAAUAGUGAUUAUUACAGGAUCAAUGAAAGGUCAGCCAGAGUGCAGAGACAACAAACUGUGCAAUGCAAAUGUAAAUCAAUAACAAUAAAUAAUGAGAACAUGAAACAACAAGAUAAAGAGUUUCUUAAAGUGGGGUAAUUGGUUGGAGGAACAUCUUAAUGUAUGGGCAAGUGAGUGUGAUCAUCCCUUUUGUGCAAGAACAAGUGUUUCCCUUCCUCCAACAUUGAUGCCGUCCUCACCCACAUCUCCUCUAUUUCCCAUUUAUCCACCCUUACCCAAUCUUCCCGCUUCCUUAAUGGACUGCAUUCCUCUUGUCUUUACCUUCCAUCCCACCCUCUGCUUUCCACAGUGACCACUCCUGCCAUUAUUCCUUUAUCCAUUUGUCUUUCCCCACUAAUCUCCUUCCUGGCACAGUUCCCUGCAUGCAGAAAAAGUGCUACACAUAUCCAUUCACCUCUUUGCUUAUCUCCAUUCAGGGCCCCAAACAGUCCUUCCAGGUGAGGCAAUCCAUCACCUUCAAAUCUGUUGGAGUCAGCUAUUGUAUCCGGUGCUCCUGAUGCGGCCUUCUCUGCUUUGGUGAGACACAACAUAAAUUAGGGGAACUGCUAUGUUGCUCCAACUGCCACAAGCAGGGUUUCCUGAAGGCCAGCUAUUUUAAUUCCAAUCCCCAUUCCAUGCCGACAUAUCAGUCCAUGGCCUCCUCUACUUUCAUGAUGAAGCCACUCUCAGACUGAAGAAGCAACAACUCAUUUUGUCUGGAUAGCCUCUGAACUGAUAACAUCAAUUUCUCUAACUUCCAAUAAUUUUUCCUCUUCCCCGUCCUGUUCUUCCACUCCCCACAUUCUUCUCCUCACCUGCCUGUCACCUCACCCUGGUUCCCCUCUUCCUUUCCUUUCUCCCAUGGUCCACUCUCCUCUAUCAGAUUCAUUCCUCUUCAGUCCUUUACUUUUUCCACCCAUCACCUCCCAGCUUCUCACCUCAUCCUCUCUCCCCCACCCAUCUGACUUCACUUAUCACCUUCCCUUCUUCCCAUGUUUGUAUUCUAGUUUCUUUCCUCUUCCUUUCCAGUUCUGUUGAUGAGUUCUGGCCUGAAACGUCGACUGUAUAUUCCUUUCCAUAGAUGCUGCCUGACCUGCUGAGUUCCUCCAGCAUUUUGUACGUGUUUCCCUGACCUUUACUGUAGUCUCAAGAUAAUGUUGCAAGUCUAUAAAAACCUGGUUAGACCGUACUUGGAAUAUUGUAUUUAGAUCUGGUCAUCUUGUCAGUUUCCACAAAUAAAAUGAAGUGAGGUGAUUUAUAUUUA